CUCUGAUAUACUCCCUCUAAGCGCAUUAACCUUCAAAUGGACAAAUUGGCAAAGGUAUCGUGGACCGCGGCGCGUCGUAUGGCAUUUUUCUCGCAGAAACGCGUCCCCUUUUCACGAUGGCUGGGAUAAGGAUUGAAGUCACCCUUGAUGAGGGGUGACCCCACAAAAUGGCCUCGUGCCCCUGUUGAUCAUUCAUUUUUUUUUUCGAAGUCAGUCGUUCCUUUGCCUCUGGUUGGUUUCGCUCGCUGGGUAAUCGAGUUGCUUUUUGAGUAUUGCGACAGAGCUUGACGCUCGUCGAGUUGGUUGUUGCUGGUAUUUGCUUUUUUGUCUUCGUCGUUAUUUCUAGAGCCAAGCUGCCAGUUCAGUUUUCGAUCUUUUCCCAAAAUGCUCUCAUUAUCCAACCAGAGCCCGAAUUCCCUUCUUACACUCUCUUUUUGCCUCCUGUUUGUGGUUGCAUCAUGCGCGGGUCAGCACAAUGCAAAAGAAGCCGAAGCCGUUCAAAAGCGUGACUUCCACAUCGACAUUGCUCCUUCGUCAACUUCACUACGUCUAACAACGAAGACAUUAACGACGCAAGUUCCUGCACUCACGCUCUGUCCACUCACAGCGCCAAUACUAACCUACUCACACACCCCAAAUAAUGUCACAGUAGCCCCUGUACACAACGCAACUUGCAAGACGGCUUUGCUCUCCGCUAGCAUUCCUGCUUGCAACACGGCGAUUCUCCUAGGGGCCGGAUAUGCAAUUAUCAGCGAGUGUACCCAGUCUAUAACUUUCUCAGUGGACAAGGAGUUUGCUUUCUCUUCACACUCGUCAGAAGCUACUGCCACAUCCAAACCAAGGUUUUUAGGCCUUUUUGCUCGUAAAGCAAAAGCUACAACAACCACCUCAAAUGUUGGCAUAGUCAACGCAACGUACUAUGUUGCUUCCUGGCAGGAUCUUGCCACAGGGGUCCCACGCACUGUGACGGUAAAGACGUGCCAGAGUACAGGGCUGCCCAGUUCUGGAGAUGACCUCACCAGGAGAGACGAUGGCGAUGAAAAAGAUGACAAGGAUGGUGGAGAUGAUCAUGAUGACGACGGAGAUUGCCAGACUGCUAUAGAGGAGUGGACGGUUACAACGACAAGUUACGUUGGACACCGAGUUGCCGAGCUUCAAGUGUCCACUGAUAUAGCCGGGCCUAUUGAAAUUAUAUACGACUCCAACUCGACCGCCAAGAUCCCCGCAUCAUCAACAACACCGUUCGCUCUCAACACAAGCGUCACAUUUUCCUCUACUGUGACCAUCCCGACAGUUGUCACAUCAGUAGUGUCUCGUAUAGCCCCCAAUAGUACCUUGACCAAGACCAUCACCGUCAGUCUUGUUGGCAAUUUUACAACUACAACCACGCCUAAGACAACAAUAACUCGUACUCAUCCUGACCCGACAUCAGCCUCAUCAUCCAAAGAACCCACAACAACCGUUACCUCCUUCUCGACCAGCACGACUACUGUCACUGUUAUCCCACAGCCAGUAACCGUAACACCAUCUCACGAGGACUUUACUGGGGGAGAAGGCUCUGAGCCCGGUCGAGGCGAAGGCGGAGGCGGAAGGGGUGCCGGAGGGCCCGGCGGCCACGGGGGCCCCAAGGCUCGAGUGCGCAGAAAGGCCGUGGCACAGGGAUUAGACCUGUCGAUGCUAGAAAAGGCGCUGCUGGCAUUAUAAAAACCCUCCACAAUUUGACAUUAUAAAUGUGCAAAGGAAGAGGGAUUUACAGUUUUGGCGCGCAAUGUUGGUUCCUUGAUGGUUGAUUUUUGAGCGGCCCACGUUUGAGUGUGCGAGGUCUUUCUAUGAUGGAUGCAUGCAUG